CUGGUACUCGUACACCGCAUCGCAUGGAUUUAGUCCAAUACGAUUCCCAUGCGUUCUCACGCAUGUACGAGACGGCCCGUAGAGACACCUCAGACGCUGACACCGUCCCUCGUGAUGGCGACACUUCGAACCUGUCCGAGCGCUUGCAAGGUCUUCUCCAAGUUACUCGCACAGCGAACGAGGUCGACAAAGAACGCAUCUCGCUCGAGGAGUUCUUGACGCGUUUACAACGGGAGCGUACGGAAACGAGUGCGGUGCAGACGGAGCAGGUAAAGCUUUCCGUGGGCGAGCUGAUUUGCGACACGCUUCGUAACGCCCUCAAUGAACUUAACGUCUCUCGGGAUGAAGGUACGCAAACGACAGUGCCUCUGCACACAAACUCGCAAACAACGCAGACCGAACUCCAGUCUGUGUGCUUCGAAGAGCUCCUCGAACAAGCACGGCACGAGGCGUAUCAGCGUGGACUAGACGAUGGAAAAGCAGAUGGGCUGAAAGAGGGAGAGAUAAGGGGAAGGAUGGUUGGCGAGGUGGAAGGCUUCGCUGCUGGAAGGAUACAGGGUAGGGCUGAGGGCUUUGAAGACGCGAGGAAGGUCGAGUUGCAGCGCGACCUGGAGAUAGGGAAGCAACUGGGCGGAAAAGAAAGUCAUGCGGAAGGGGAGCACAGAAUGGAGGAAGAGGAGGAGGAGAAGAACAAGACUCCAGAGAGAUUGCCGGUCGUGGAGAAGCUGGUGGUUAAGCAGGUAAAUGGUGUCAAUGGUGUCAAACGUACAAGAACCUCGACCACCACGGACCCGGCCAAAGACCCUUUCAACUCUCUCCUGGUGUUUGUGAAGGAGAAGCACGUGAACGGAAAGUAA